AUGAGCCUCAGUAUCGGCGCGAAGCAGGCGUCGGGUCCAGUCAACUUGAAGCAGAUCUGCGGAUUUCUGGAUCCAAUGUUGCUCCUUACGCUGCUCCGGGCACGAGUCCGCCUGUCCCCGGAACAUCCGCCUUUUCAGCAUGAACCGUCGCUUUUCCGCCUUGGAGACUCCCAACCUGCUGCCAGUACUGGCCGUGCUACCGCGGGAAGAGAAACGCAUGUGAGUUCAACCUUCCAGACGGCGGCAGCAUGCGAUCCAGCAGUGGUAGCUCGAGGCCUACCUGCGCUACACCGGGAGGCGGCAGGCGAGGAGGCACGCAGCAGAGAGUCCAUGAUCGCUGUCGUCAUGGCUGCUGCUGCUGCCGCGGCAGCUGCAUCGAGUGCCAGCGGCUCCAACGCCGCCGCAGCUGUUGCUGCCGGCGCUGCUGCCGGCUUUGCAGCAGCGAACGCAGUCGAUGCAGGCUUCUCACAAGGAAGACGUCUACUGAGCGCACAGGAGUACGGCGCUGUGAUGGGAAACGCCACAGUCAUCCCGGCGUCGCUCUCGCGUGUUCCAUCCACCCAGCUCAACCCUUCAUUUGCCUCUGCUCCGGCUGCAGCAUCCCCAGUACCUGCCGCUCCUGCAUCAGCCUCUGCGUUGUCUGCGGCGCUCUCUGGGCAGGCGUUGAUGGGAGUGCAGCGCGCCAUGCUGCUGGCUGCUGCUGCUGCCGCCGUUUCUGGCCACCACAGCGCCGUGCCACAUUGCACUGCCGACCCAGCAGCAGCGGCGGUGACAACGGCUGUUCAACCUUCAGCCUCCCAGCCUGCCUCCUCGCUCGCACUCUCCUCGGCCACCACCGCUGCUCCAAGCGCCAGUGCUGCUGCCAGAACAGUCACCGUUGGAAGUGGCGGCAGCAGGGCUGCUGUGUGCGACGAGGAGGGAGGCAUGGCCCCUCGUGUGAGCAAGCUCCUCGCCAAGUGGUUGCGGUCGGACGACGAGGGCCCGCACGUGUGCCCUGUGUGCAAGCAGAGCUUCCCCACUGCUGGAGGCCUGAAGCAGCAUCAGCACGACCGAUGGCGCUGCUCCCUGGGCUCUCAGACCAUGCAGGCCUCUGCACCCGCUGCUGCUGCCGCUGCUACUGCUGCUGCUGCUACUGCUGCUGCUGCUGCUGCUGCUGCUGCUGCUGCGGCUGGGCCAAGUCAUGUGGCGUCAGGAGCGGCUGGAGCUUCUGCUGCUGCUGGUCGUAGUGGGCGCUCGGGUGUGAGUACGAAUGCUGGGGAUGGGAGCAGAAACACUGUAAGGCGGGAAAGUGAAAAGAAGGGUAGUGGAAAGGGUGGUGAUGGAAAGGGUGGUGAUGGAAAGGGCACCACUGCGACUGUGAGAGACAGCACAGGGAUGCUCUGGCCUCGGCUGUCCGUGCUUGAUUCAGCGGCGAGUGGCGGGGAGGCCAUGAGGAAGGACGUGUCUCGGAAGGCCAAGAGUAGGGGAAAAGGAGCUUCUGAAGUUGGAGGGGUGAGGAGCCUGGAGAGAAAAGGACAAACGUCGGGAAGCAAGCGGCCGCAGAGUGAGAUUGUCUCGGGCGGUUCAUUUAUGGAGCACCCAGCAAGGCAGUCAGACGGCCAGCAGAGUGAGAAGCAGCAGAUGGAGAGAACUUCAGCGAGUGCAACCCCCUUCACACGACAGGCCAGCAUCACCAACACAUCACCCCCUCAUCGAACCUCCCUCAGUGCCCCCUCCGCUGCCUCCCCUUCCCUCGCCUACUCCUUCUCACUGCCUUCCCAUCGCUCGUCCGUGACAGCCGGAUUGCAGGGUGCGGAAGGUGGGCAGCGAGGGUUGAGAGUGCACGAACAGCAGCACUUCACUGAAACAAAUCCCGUGGCAGGUGAAAAGUUGCUGAGCCCUCCGAAGCGUUUUCGGUCAGGGAAUGAGAGAGGAGAAGAUACAGGGGAAAAUGUUAACAUGUCUGAUGGAAACAGAAUGCGAGGCGGUGGUAUCGAGUUUCAUCAAUCGAGGGACUUUGACUUGGCGAAGCAUGGUGUGCGGGUUGAGGACGGGGAGAAAGACGGUAUGGCGUACGAUGGCAUGGCGGGCGACGAGUCGGUGCAUGGUGGUGCAGCAUCAGCAGACACGACGUCAGCAGGAGUGGCGGAUGUGACUGCUAUGGCUGGGUGGCUGAGAGCAGCGCACGUGCGCAGAGGAGAGCAGUGGGGACCUCCGCCAUCCAACUUUUCUGCUGCUGGCGGACUUCACGGUGGGCUUGGGGUGCCGGCCAGGGCUGCAAGAGGGAUGGAGGAGGAUAUGCGAGGAGGUGGAGGGGAGGAGAGGAUGUGCAGGGGAGAGGAGGCGGCGGCGUAUGCGGUGGACACACAGCGAUGGCACAAGACACAGCGCUCCCGCGUGGAAAUCCUUGAUCGCAACCUGCCGCCCUGGCAGGCGUCUGACUUGCCUCUCUCCGGCUCUCUUCCAGGUCAGCCGGAGAGAGGGUUUGGUGUGACAGCAGCAGGCGAGCACGGGUCUCGUGCCAAUGACUCGUCCACCAGAGCAACCUUCUCUCUGGCUGCCACUGCUGCUGCUGGUGGUGGUGGUGGGAGUCAUGGUGCGAGUGAGAGGGCAGAGCCAGGGCUGUCCUUCGACCUCAACAUGGCGCAUGGGGGAGACGAGGAUGACGAGAACGCGCAUGGCCGUGACAAGCAACAGCCUCCAGCAGUUGGAAGAGCCACAGAUGCGGUGCGUGCUCAAGACCCCAAUUCGAACAUCUGGAGCAGGGCGGGAGCAUCAGGAGCUACUGGUGCAGGCGCAGGUGGUGCAGGCGUACCCACCAUGAGCAUUCCGGAAUCGUGCUGCUCCUGGAACUGCGUGUUCUUCUCGCUUCCCUGCCGCAGAAAGACACGGGUGCAGAUGACAGGCAGCCAGGCAGGGGAACGAGGUGAGUCGCAGCAAAAGGAAUCUGAGUGA